CCGAGCGCCCGGGAUGCCGCCGCCGGACGGGUUCGCGUCCUGGUUUGGCUGGGCGCGCGUGGGGUGCGGGACGGCCGGAAGCGCGGUGGCCUCUGCGUGAGCGCCUGCACACCAUGUCCAGGAAGAAGACCUCCAAAAGCAAGGAGGCCAAUGUGCCCACUGCCUCUGUGGUGCCUGCUGGCAAUGGGCAGCGGCCCGCUCGUCUCGGGACUACACGCCCCGGCCCAGAGGGGCCUCCCGAUGGACCCCGGCAGCUCGGCCGGCCCUCACUCGGAAACAGUAGCGACUUCUACGACGUGGCCUUCAAGGUCAUGCUGGUGGGGGACUCCGGUGUGGGCAAGACCUGCCUGCUUGUGCGCUUCAAGGAUGGAGCCUUCCUGGCAGGGGCCUUCAUCUCCACUGUGGGCAUCGACUUCCGGAACAAAGCCCUGGACGUGGACGGUACCAAGGUGAAGCUGCAGCUCUGGGACACAGCUGGCCAAGAGCGGUUCCGCAGUGUGACUCACGCCUACUACCGGGAUGCUCAUGCUCUGCUUCUGCUCUAUGACGUCACCAACAGGCUCUCAUUCGACAGCAUUCAGGCCUGGUUGACAGAGAUCAAGGAGCACGCCCAACACAACGUGGUGCUCAUGCUGCUGGGCAACAAGGUGGACUCUACACAGGAGCGCGUGGUCAAGAGGGAGGAUGGCGAGAAGUUGGCCAAGGAGUACGGGCUGCCCUUCAUGGAGACCAGCGCCAAGACCGGCCUCAACGUGGAACUGGCCUUCAUGGCCAUCGCAAAGGAGCUGAGGCAGCGCUCCUUGGAGACGCCCAGCGAGCCGCGCUUCCGGCUACACGACUACGUUCGCAGGGAGGGGCAGGGGGGAUCCUGCUGCCGGCCCUGAAGGUGGCCGACCCUGGCCUGUCUGCA